GCCCCGUUACCGCUCCACCAACACACCACCAGAUCUGGUCACUGAGAAAAAAAAUGGGCAAGAAAAACUCGAAACUAAAGCAGGACACCAUCGAUCGGCUCACCACCGCCACAUACUUCACUGAAAAGGAAAUUCGACAAUGGCACAAAGGUUUUCUGAAGGACUGUCCCAAUGGUCUACUGACAGAACAGGGCUUCAUAAAAAUAUACAAACAGUUCUUUCCGCAAGGAGACCCUUCCAAGUUCGCCUCAUUAGUCUUCAGGGUAUUCGACGAAAACAAUGACGGUUCCAUAGAAUUCGAGGAGUUCAUUCGCGCUCUUUCUGUGACGUCUCGCGGAAACCUUGAUGAGAAACUCCAAUGGGCGUUCAGACUGUACGACGUCGACAACGAUGGAUUUAUAACGAGGGAUGAAAUGUACAAUAUUGUUGACGCCAUUUAUCAGAUGGUUGGUCAGCAACCGUCUGAAGACGAGAACACGCCCCAGAAACGGGUGGACAAAAUCUUCGACCAGAUGGACAAGAACCACGACGAUCGGCUAACCUUGGAGGAGUUCAGGGAGGGUAGCAAAGCGGAUCCCCGUAUUGUUCAGGCACUGACCCUUGGGGGCGAAUAGCAUACGGAUGGGGGUAUAAUGCCCGCAAUAUGACACCUAAGAUGUGAGAGAACCGUCAACGUCGUCUGCCGUUACAUCUUCUCAUUGUGAUGUGAUGGUACAUGUUUCCAGGUUUUGUUGUCCGACUGAAUAAAGACCUGUUUAAGUGUUAUUUCGUUUUUUCGGGGUUUUCGGGGACUCAAAUUUGUUUUUGGGAUGAUCACGUUCAAUUUUAGAGACUGCAUGGAGUUUUGUUUUGUUUAUGCCAUACCUCCAAAACGGUCGAAAGAUGGUUGACGAUGGUGGUAGAUAUCAACGUGACUUUUAAGCUUGCAUUUGAUAAUGGUUUUGGGAGAUGAGGUUUUUGGAAAUACGCAGUUUAAAUUGUUUUCCUAUUCUCUUGUAUAAGUAAAGUAAUUUUAGACAAAAUUGUUAUUCCUCGUACAAUUUUAUUCGUUAAAGUAACCAUUAUAACUUUAGGGGAUGAAGGUGUACUUUUAAAAAAUUUUCUAAUGUAUAAGUACAACUUUAACAAUAAUCUUACAUUGUUACACUAAUACGAAAUUUAUUUAUUAAAUAGGGGAACGUAAUAUUUUUAUAUAAAUAAAUUCUCUAAGGAUCUAAGGGGAGAAAAAACCUAAGAACAAAUUGCAUUUGCAUGAAAUGGUAAUUUUGUGUCACACAAUUAAGCAAUAGACAUUUAAACAACGAUUUUUUCAAUUAGCAUUUAAUCCUUCUUGACCGCUUCCACGAGUUAAAUGGUGAAGGGUGAAGGCAGAAAUACGAAUUGAAAAAAUAAAACUGCAUUUAAAUUUCACGGAAAUACAAAUGAAUCCUUAUUUAAGUAAUCGUCAAACUUUUUUAACCUUUCUUUGAAAACGUUUACAAAAUAUUUUCCCUAGUGUGAAUUAAUAUUAAGACUUAUCGAGUUUUAACUAAUGAAUAUGUUAGUUUUUUGUCAUGUAGCAUGGAUGAAUAAUGCCUUACAUUUCAUAAGUAAAAAUCUCGUGCCAAAUAUAAAAGAUCUAAGUAUUCGUGAUUAUUUGGUAUAGAAAUUUAGACGUUUACAUUCAUGUUGAUGUUCAUUUUUAACACAAGGAUAAAAUUCACUUGAGCUGCUUUAGCUACUUUAGAUUGGCUAGCUAGUUAUAUACCAUAAAUAACUACCUUUGGCCAAAUUAAUAAAAAUAAUGAACAAGAAUUCCUCUCGUAAAACAUAGUCUUAAAAUUGAUAACUUAAUUUAAAAUUGUAACGUUUUAUAAAAGAAAUUCUUGUAAAUGAUAGAAGACUUCGGUUGGAAAAAAUGUUUUUCCAUAAAAAAUAAUUAGGUGCGACGUAAAUUACAAAACAAUGAAAUUUACAACGAUGUCUUAUCAUUUAUUUAAACAAGGAAUGAGGGACAAUCGUAUUAAUGCACAUCUGCGUUUGUAUAGUUUUUAUGGUGCUAAAUUUACUUGUAUAGUAAAUUUUCUUCUGGGAAAGAUAACAAGUCAAUUAUAUUUAAAUAUAAGAAAACAUGCUAUUUUAAUAGAUACCUAUUUAUAUAACAUCUAAUGAUAAAUUUAUCUUAUUUACGUGGAAAAUAUUCUAUAACGUUUAUGAAGCUACAUAACAGAAAUUAUUAUUAUAUAACGAUAUACUUAGAUCCUGAAAUGUUUUGUAGCAAUUUAUAUAAAAAGUUAUUUUCCCCGAGAUAUUCAUCUAUAUUCAUCUAUAUAUAGAUAGUUUUAACUCUAAUAAUUAGGAACUAUAAGGAUUUUUUCUGAGACCUUCUAUCUUACAAUUAGUAUGUCCGUUUAAUUUCGAUGAUAGUUUGGCAUGAGUAGUAUCGAACUAGUUUUAACAUAUUUAAACUUACGUAGAUUAUCAUCCAUCGGCAUAACUUACAAAAUAAAAUCGCCUUGACUAAGUUAUGUCAACUUUUCAAUUAGGUUCAAUUUUCGAUGAUUUGCGAUUGAUCUUUUGAAUUCCUUGAACACCAACCUUGUAUGUGGUUUAACCAAUGGCCUAAUCGAAAAGUUCUAAAAGGACAUUGUCACACUAGCAAUAAGCAUUCAUGAGCUGUAAUAGCUGCUGUUUUAAUUGGAACGUCGAGAUUUUUUUCAGGCGUCCUGGACACAUUUUGUGAGAACAGUUAUAUAAAAGUAGAGUAGGAUUUCCAAAAUAUCACCAAAUAAGCGGUUUGAGAAAAAAUUCCACGAGCGCUUACUUUCUUCUUUGUUGCAUUUUAAGGAGCACGAAAUAUAACCGACCAUUUAAUAACAGACCCCGGGGACUUUUGUGGUCGAAGACCCAAAAAUCAAAUUACGACCGAAGGCACAAAAGUUGUAAAAACAUUAAAAGUAAUCGUUGGGAUUGUAAAAAAAGGAGAAUAAAGCUUUGAGUUAAUGACUGGUCGUGUGUUUUUCGCGACUUCCUUUUAUGGUAUUGCGCAGAAUUUUGUUAACAGUGUCUAUUCAUCUUCGAUCCUCAAAAAAAUGAAAAUAAAAUGUUACUGAGGGGGUCUACUUAUAUAUCCAUAUAUUUUUAUAUCAGUGUGUCAAUAAAAACUUGAAUAUUUUGAAUGAACCGAGGGACAUUCCGAUGAAUAGUCACUGGCAAGUUUGUUACCAACCUUCUGUGAUAAUUACAAUCAUUAUAUCGCAAUAAUGAAUAAGCUGUGUCUUGUAUUUGCUGUAGGUUGUUCUCGUUGUUGUUAUUUAAUUUUUAUGCGGUAUUUUGGAUACUGAUAGUUUUAAAAAACGAUGCAAAUGACAUCAUUAGUGUGUUUUAUAUCAUCUAACAUAAUAUGACUGUACAAAAUAAAUAGCAUGUAAAUAGAA